CAAAAUCCGACAUACCGGACUUUUCUCCUCUUGGAUGAGUGACCCUUGCCGAUUGGAGGCUGCAUUAAAUUUUCCGGAAUCGCCUUGACAACGCUGUCCCGUGGCUGUCACAAUGUGACAUGUAUGACGUAGGGAGUAGCGCUCCACAACUUGAUGAUGAUGCCUGCAGAACUGCUCACCUACGGUCUCCGAUCCGUAACUCUUGCGUUACACUUCCAAUAGCUUUUUACUCCCUCUACGGCUCCCAUUACUCCAAUUUCUCUCACUCCACCACUCACCACACGGCAGUAGGAUAGCACCACCACUACCUCCACCACUACACGACAACCGCACAGCGCACGAUGGGAGGAGACCACAAAUGUCCUGUAUGCCAGGCGACCUUCACUCGUCCGCAACAUGUUGCACGCCACAUGCGAUCCCGUACGUGCUUUCCUCUGUCUCUCGCGCUUUCACUCGGGGCCCCACAUCCACCGAGUCUCGAGUCACAUCUCCACCCUUUACGCUCCACAAUUCGUUAUUACGGCUUCCUACCUGGUGCUAUCCGCACUAACAUUGUAUUCUUCGUGGCCCCACAUUACUACAUUCCGCGGUUGCAGAGUCGCUGCCAGGGACAACGUAUCUGUGCCGAUUCUCUUCACAUCGGGCUUGUUUCUCCUCACUCAUCUGCAUUAUCGUUGCUCGCCCUUACUCUCGACGCUCACCGAUUUCGCAGACACCGGUGACCGUCCUUACAAGUGUGUUCACUGCGGGGAUCAGUUCGCUCGCUCCGAUCUGCUCUCGCGGCACGUCAAUAAGUGCCAUGCCGGAGAGAAGGGCGCUUCUGCGUCUGGGGGCGGAACGGCCGGAAGAAGAAAGGGCACAAGCACCGCCGCACGAGCGACCACGAGCAAGCAGGCAUGCGACCAAUGCGUUCAGAGCAGUCUGCCAUGCGAUGGGAGCAAUCCGUGUUCAAAAUGCAUAUCCAGGAAGACACGAUGCACAUUCGUCAAAUUUCACCGCCAAACCGCACCAGUCGGGCCUGGGCAUCCGACGUCUCUCACCGCUACCAUCCCAUCAUCUCUUGGUGCCGGGCCUAUGGGCGGCAGCACCUCUUCCCUCUCAUCGAUAGGUUCUCACCACCAUGGCCACCACUCCCCACUCUCGCUGUCUGUCGCGCCUCCGCACGGACUUGACCCACACACCCAGCCUUACAUGUAUGCUCAAUCUGGACCAACGUACUCUUUCCCGCCGAAUGGGACGACAAGCGCAGGGAGCAGCCCGACCGUGCCAUUUUCUGGCAUGAAGUACGCGGAUGAAGGGCGGGGAAGCGAAUUUGCGUACCACCCAGGAUCUGGAUUCUAUCCGAACGAUUACCGAGACGGUUACGAGGGUUAUGAAGGAAGUGAACAUUCCGGCAGUGUCGGAAGUCGACCGGCAAGCUCUGCUGGGUUGAGUGAUUAUGGUGGAUACACCGCUCACUUUCCGAAUCAACGACACUCCAUAGAUCUCGGCCGAGUGCCUGAUCUACACCAAGGGCAUCCAGGGACUGACCUGCGUGAGCUGCGAUCGCACGCUGCAGACUUGCACCCCGCACACGACGUUCAUCCUCCUCGGCCACCAGAGUUCUCCAGUGCAUUCGGCCUGAUGAGCCUCGAUGACCCGCAGGUGCUGGCUGGGCUCGCACAGGACGGCGUGCCAUUUUUCAGCGGGACUACAUCGACGGCUCGUACCGGACUUACACCUGGCUCUGGGCUGACGCCGCUAGCGCACCCAGACAAGCGAUUGGUGAUGCCGCCACCAAUGAACUACAGCUACCCAUCGCCGGGUGGACCGCCUCCCCAGACGCCUGGAUCAAGAGAGGCCGAGACCCGGGAAUUGCGCGAGUUCUGGAAGACGUACAUGCGCACGCCGCUCACCGGGCCGGCUGAGGGACUGGGGAUGGAGACGCCCAGUGCAAGUGCGGCUGCGGCGAUACAGGCUGGUGGGGGGAUGCUUGGUUGUCUUCCUACAGGACGCCGACAGCGCGUUUCGAGUUUGCCGAGCGUCAGGACACCCGAAGUCGAGACCAGCUCAUGGCAGCAUCACCAUUCUCAGGUUCCACUUGCACAACCCGCCUCGAGGACGAUGCACAACGCAGAGGAUCUGCGGUCGUACGAAGCUGCCGUGCUCGCGAGGAAAGCCCCCGAACUCACCCUGCGGAAGCCUGCAAGGCGGGGAACCACCAGCGGACAGCCGCCAGACCAUCCAGUCGAUGUCGGCACCACGAGUUCACUGGCCGGAGCCCUGGUCCCUACAGGCUCCGCACCAGGGUCCCCAUACCCGGGCACACCAAACUCCACGACGUCCGACGACGGAGAUGGGGAUGACGGUUCCUCCAGCGGCGGCGGCUCCGCCAGACCUUCCUUUAAACGACUGCCGAGCCAGACAUUAGAGUCUUUGCACGCGAAGCGGCGGAAAGACCGGCCUGAUGGAUCGUUCCCAGGCGGCAUCAGCGCGACUCGUAGCAUCCCGGCUGCGGGCUCCCUGGAGCCUGCAGCACCAGCCGCGGUGGCGACGUUCAACUCGUUUGCAGACCGGCCGAUUAUUCCGCUACGGGCACCGGCGCAUUCGACGCUUGGCCAAAAACGGAAUCGCAGGCUGAGCGAGCCAGUCUCGCCGACUUCUGCGGGAUUUCUGAUCCACUGAAACCUGUAUUUUUGGGAUAUCUGUACUUACUAGUGAAUCAUACUGGGGCCCUCUUUAACUUACGCUGCGUCUCCUAGUUUAGUACAUGUUACGUGUUACACUAUUGCUUUGAAUCUGGCCACUUCGUAUUUGUCUCUUGAGCUAGCACUAUCAUGGACGAGCAUAGACUAGUUUUCCGAUUGUAUUUGUUCUUUGAAGUGUAAAACAGAACGAGCCUGUCAAGAAGGAGAUUAGGUAAUAAUGACAGGCAGAAUAUGAUACCGCCAGGGCGUCGGCGCCCAUCGGUUGGAUGGCCG